AUGCGUGCGCAGAUUCAGGCGUUAGUUAACAAGUCAACUCGCCGAGCUGCAGGCAAAUCCUCCUGCGGCAACCCCCUCGCCACUGCGGUGCUAUCUCGACUAAAGGGACCUGUGGCGGGUCGAUACGCCCAAGUUAGAUUGCAGCAGUGCUACACUGCGGGAGUGUGGCCCACCUGGGACGAUCUCAAAGUAGAGAUCGAAAAAUAUUUCAAGCCGCAAGCUGAGCGUGACUGGGCAUGUCAGCAGAUCUGUUCCUUCAAACAAGGCAACAUGAGGACGGAUGAUUUUGUAACCCGGUUCCUGGCCCUCUCCAUCCAAGGGGGUCUUGGUAAUGAACAUGCAGUGGAGCUGCUGGAACGCAAUGUGAACCCUCACAUUGCAGAACAGCUUUAUCUGCAGGAUAUGAGAAAUGAGAAUCUCUCUCAAACAGCAGAGGAGGUUCGGAAAAUAGGUAGGGCCAUAGAGCUCUACAAAAUGCACCAAGGUGGCGAGACCACCAAAAACAACCAAUCCCAGAGGUGCCCUGGGUCAUCAAACCAUCAUAAUCAUUCUCACGGGUUCAAGCUGUUUGGGCUGCAACCAGGGCAGGGAGCCCCCAUGGAUAUUGGUGCGGUCCAAGGAGGACAGAUGCGCAGAUUCAAGGGGAACUGCUACAAUUGCGGCCAAGAGGGACACAUGUCCCAAGACUGCAGAAAAGGAGCGCAGGCCGCUCAACAAAAAAAUAAUCAAGGGCACCAUGCGCGCCAAUUAGAAUCCGAAAAACCGGAUGAUUGGCUCCAGACUCUGGCCGGUCAAUCCUACAACAAGAUCUGGGCCUUCUUCUACGAUCAGCAGGCUGCUGAAAUGAAGGCUCAGGGAAAAGAGUUCAGAGCUUAG